AUGGUGAGGAAACUGCCGACUUCUGCUCCGGCCAGGGCGGCGGCGGGAAGGAAGCGAAAAGGUGCCACCUUGGCAAAGCUCGCCGCGUGCAAGCGCCCUGCGUCGGCGCAAGCAAUCGGCGGCUGGGCGUCCCUGCCCACGGACAUAGUUGGCCUCAUCUCCUGCCGUAUCCUCGACCGCGACGUGGUAGAUUACAUCUCCUUCCGCGCCGUUUGUUCCGACUGGCGCGCCUGCACGCCCAGGCCGUGCGACCCUACUCUGCGGGAUCCCCGCCUCCGCCCCCGCGACUGGGUCGCGCUCUGCGACGGCGACGCCGUCCGCCCAGACGAUGCCGGCGAGAUCGUCUUCUUCCAUACGCGCACGGCCAGGCGCCUCCGCGUCCCCCUCCGGGAACUCCGGGGGCACAGGAUCGUCGGCUUCACCGACGGCCUCGUCAUCCUCAUGCACAAGACCAAGACCGUGGUGCGCGUGCAAAAUCCGUUCACGCGAGUUGUGGUUGAUCUCCCGCCCCUCGCCCCCAUCUACCAUGAGGUGAUCAGGAUGAAGAAGUCUCUGCUCAACAUGAAUGCAGCGGUAUGCAGCAGCGUGUCCUCGGAGAACUCCAUCGCUGUGGUGGUCUGCUUCAUGUGCUCAAAUGUUGUGCUCGGCGCCAACCCAGGUUCAGAUUGGGAGGUCCUCCACAGAGGGCUUCAUGUUUUGAGAACCUUGCCCUUCCAAGGAGAACUCUAUGCCACCACUUCGUGUUCAGACGAGAUUGUGCGGCUAUACCCUCCUCCUAGACAAGAGCCACUUGAGAAUUCUGUGGUGGUUGCUCAUGUUCCAAACAUAUUUGGUCCCCACAUGUGUUGUGAUUUUCUCUUGGUGGAGUCUGGUGGAAGGAUGCUGCUCGUCGUCCAGCACCCGGUUCCUGAGGCAAAUUCGUGGGACUGGUCACCAGGAGUAGCCUUCAGGCUCUAUGCGGUGGAUCUGAACAGCCAGCACCACAAGCUUAUCCCGGUGAACAGCUUAGGUGACAAUGUGCUGUUUCUCGGCGACGACCGAUGCUUGUCUGUUUCGGCCAGGGACCUCCCUUCUUUGAGCAGUAACUCCAUUUGUUUCAGUUUAGGUACGUUUCCCAUCGUGAUGCACUCACUGGGGACUGGUUUGUUCGAGCGUUUGGCCGAGUCUUGCCAAAUACAUGACGGGAAGGAUAGGAUCCGCCCAUCUGUGCGCCCCUUCACCAUUGCUGAUCAUCUUAUCACCUACUGCAAUCCUCGUGAGUGGUCUAAAGGACUCAUGUUCCACGAGUACCGAUACAUACCUGAAUCGUUCACGGAACUGAUUAAGAACAUCCGGGCACAAAAUGCGCAGUUGAAGAUUCCACGUGUCAGUCUGCAUUCGCGCUGAAGGAGCAAACACCAAGCUUCACAUUACCCAAUGAAUGAUGAAGGUUCUGAAAACAUACAGAGAAGAAGAGAGGAGGCAGGAUUAUGAAGAGAACUUGGGAAACUAUGUGUCAGUCCAACUAUAUGAUUAUAUUGGAAAAGGAAGAUCCAACCUCAGUUUGUCACCUCAUGUUAAUUCCCGAAUAACAUGUUCCAGAGUUGUCUUCUAAACGAGAACCGCAUUGAAACUCUGACUAUUUUUGUAUUUUGAGAAACUACGGGCCCGAGGCUUUCAUGUAACUGUUUUUGAUACAUUACUUUCCCUCUUGAAUCCUGAUAAUGCUAACUUGGUUGGCAUGUGGUAUCCUUGCAUCGAAGUUACUGCAUUA